CAAGUGUUUAUAAAGAAAAAUUAAGCUAUCUGUAACGCACUACAUUCUACAGAAUGAACCUCGUUCUACAUAUAUUAAAUGUUUUAAUUCUUUUACUGAGUGAAUCACUCAGCGAACCGUCUAACAAAAAAUUUCCUGAAAAUUUCCGGUUUGGUGUUGCUACUGCUGCUUAUCAAGUAGAAGGAGGAUGGUCGGACGAUGGUAAAGGCGUAAAUAUAUGGGAUCAGUUUACGCACACCCAUCCUGACAGCGUAGUUAACGGUGACACUGGAGAUAUCGCUUGUGAUUCAUAUCACAGAUACAUGGAAGAUGUUGAAAUGCUCAAAAAUUUAGGUGUCAACUAUUACAGAUUUUCAUUGUCGUGGUCAAGAAUUUUGCCCACUGGAUACACCAAUCAAAUAAAUGAAGCAGGUGUGGAAUAUUACAAAAAUUUUAUUAGUGCUUUGAAAGAAAACGGAAUUGAACCUUUCGUUACUCUUUACCAUUGGGAUCUUCCUCAACCCCUUCAAGAAAUUGGAGGGUGGCCAAAUCCUCUACUUGAAGACAUUUUUGCUGAAUACGCUAGAACGGCGUUUUCUUUAUUUGGUGAAGAAGUGAAGAACUGGAUGACGUUUAAUGAACCCAAACAAACGUGUUUAGCUGGAUAUGGUCUAGGAAGUGCGGCUCCUGGUAUUUCUGCAAGUGGGAUUGGAGAAUACGAAUGCAUGCAUACAAUUAUGAAAGCUCAUGCUAGAGCGUAUCACAUAUACGAUGAAGAAUUUAGACCAACACAGAGUGGAAGAAUAUCCAUUGUUUUGGACACUGGUUGGUAUGAACCUGCUAGUGAUAGCGAAGAAGAUAUGGAAGCUGCUGAAAGAUCUCUACAGUUUGAACACGGCUGGUGUGCACAUCCAAUAUAUCACCCAGAUGGGAAUUACCCUCAAGUAAUGAUAGACCGGAUUGCUGACAGGAGCCAAAAGGAAGGUUUUUCUAAAUCUCGUUUACCUGAAUUUUCAGCUGAAGAAAUAGAGUACAUACGAGGAACUUUUGAUUUUUUGUGUAUCAAUACUUAUACGACUAGUAUGGUAAAGUGGACUAAUGAUUAUGAAAUAGGUACUCCUGGAUUUUACGCAGACGUCAGUGUUUCAACCUAUCAAGAUCCUUCAUGGAAUGGUUCAGCAUCUAGUUGGCUUAAAGUCGUUCCAUGGGGAAUGAGAAAACUUCUGAAUUGGAUCGAUCAGACUUACAAUCAUCCAGAAAUUGUUAUUACCGAAAACGGAUAUUCUGAUGAUGGACGACUAGAUGAUCCAAAUAGAUUAAACUAUUACGCUGAAUAUUUGACCAGCCUUCUAGAAGCGAUUCUUGAAGAUGGUGUUAACGUUUCAGGGUAUACAGCUUGGAGUCUGAUGGAUAAUUUUGAGUGGACAAGUGGAUACACAGUAAAAUUUGGUCUAUACCAAGUUGAUUUUGACAAUCCCAACAGAACAAGAACCAUCAAAGGUUCUGGUGAAUAUUACAAAAACGUCAUUGCCAGUAAAUGUCUAGUUGACACAUGUGAAGAAUGAAUAAGAUGAAGCAAAUUCCGAUUAUGGGAAAGCUACCACAAAAUAUGAGAGCUUGAAUAAUAAAAACGUUUAAAAUUUUGAAA